AAGUCCCUUUGCAAAAGCUUUCAUCACCUAUAUCACCAUUCUCUCUAUUCACAAUCACACCGUCAACCAUGGCUGAGCGUACACAACCACAACCACAGCAAAUCCAAGUCCACACAACUCACCGAUAUGACACCGGAGCCAACACACAACAGCGUUACGAAGGUGGCAACCAUAACAAUACCUUCUUCCCUGAGAAAGGUCCAUCAACCUCUCAAAUCCUUGCUGUCAUUGCCGGCCUUCCGGUCGGUGGCACGCUGCUUGCACUUGCCGGACUUACCCUUGCUGGAACCCUUACCGGGAUGGCUGUGACUACCCCACUUUUCAUCCUCUUCAGUCCGGUUUUGCUUCCGGCCACCAUUGUCAUCGGUCUCGCUGUGGCCGGCUUCUUGACUUCCGGAGCUUGUGGGCUGACUGCGCUGUCCUCGUUCUCUUGGCUCAUGAAUUACAUCCGGCAGACUCAAGGGACGGUGCCCGAGCAGCUGGACUCGGCGAAGCGGCGCAUGGCGGACGUGGCGGGUUAUGUUGGGCAGAAGACGAAGGAGGUAGGGCAGAAGACCAAGGAAGUUGGGCAAGAUAUUCAGUCUAAGGCUCAGGAUACAAAGAGAACAACAACAACAACAACCUGA